GAACUAGAGCUAUGUCAAUUCUAGUUACUUGUCGAAGGUUGGCUUUAACAGUCAGAAGAGUAUCGUUGAAAACACAAUUACCAAUAAAAAUAUCUAAACUCUAUCCAUCUAUUCAAUAUGCGAUUCAUCUGAAGAACUAUUCACAGUCAAGGAAAUCUGCGACAGAAACGCCUGAAAUGGUUUUGAGAGCAUCACCUAUGUGGAUGGAACAAUUAAAUAAAUCAGAAAUAGAUUUUCAAAUUCUGCCUGAUUUGUGUGAAAGUAUUUUAAAACAAGACCAAGAAGUAUUGACAGUUAAUGUAGGAAAAUUAUGGCAAUCUAUUUGUGCCAGAUAUAUUCAUAAUGAAAAAAAGGUGGAUCAAGCAAUCAAAAUGUUCAGUUACCUACAAACACUUAAUCCUAAUGAUAUACAACCUGCAGUGUAUGCAAUAUUGAUGGGAUCCUUUCGUGGAACAGGUAAACAAUAUGAACAAGUUAUCCUAAAUAUUUGGGAGAAAUUAAAAGACUUUUCAGACAUAUUUCCGUCAAUACUUCUUCCAUAUAUAACACAAGGAUUGUGUGAAACUACCAGAUGGAAAGAGGCAUUAGAUAUUAUUGAGAUGGAAAAAGAACAAACCAACUUUGCCAGUAUAAAUAUGUGGAAACCAAUUUUAAUUAAGGCAGUUAAAGAAGGAGAUGCAGAAAUAGCUAGUUUUCUAUUGAAUGGUAUAACUAUUUCUAUCAAUUUGGGAUUGAGAUUUCAAAUAACUGGUUUGGUUCAGGAACUGUUUCAAUUAGUAACAGAUGAGCAAGUUGAGUUCAACAUGAAAGAUUUUUGUGACAUAUUGGAGAUUAUGAGACAUCAACCUGACCAAUCUAUAGCAAAAGAUAUAAUGCAAUAUUUCAAACAGUAUUGUAUUUCUUGUGGACACAAAUUGCCUGCUGUAAGCAUAACUGAAGCUGAAAUGGAAGGACUAAAUGAUCAGAUAUUAAACAAACUUAUACUAAAAUCAGAUGUGUAUUUAAAUACCAAUCCAGAUGAAGUUAAACGUUUUUUAAAAAUGGUAGAAACAGAAGGUCCAUUUGAUGUUGUGCUUGAUGGCUGCAAUGUAGGAAUUGGAAAUUGUAGAGGAGGAACGAUACUGCUAGCUGUUGAAUACUUCAAGAAAGAAAAAGCAAAGAAAAUAUUAGUAAUUGGUAGAGAUCAUAUGAAGAAUUGGAAAUUCAUGAAUAAAGUUAAAGAAAAUGCCAUUUUUUUCCCGGUGAAUAAUAUAUCAAAAGAUGAUCCAUUUAUUUUGUAUGCAGCAAGCCGAAGUCCCAACACCUAUUUUGUGUCUCAUGAUAACUAUAGUAACCAAGUACAUGGUGAUAUAGAUAGAGAAUAUUACCCCAUUUUUUGCAAGUGGUUAUUUCAUCGACAAAUCAAACAUUUUUUAUUCUCAAACCAAACAAUCAAUGUAUUGUAUCCACAAGAAACAGAUGUAGUACCAUCUUAUAACAACCAAAUGUACCAUAUACCAUGUAUGAAUGAUGACAAAAUCUUCUGGUUAUGUGCUAAAAAGAACUGGUGA